AUGGAUAAAUUAGCUUCGGAUCUUCAUAAUCGCCAUGGUGUACCAAGCAAAUCAUCUAUUUUGAAGAAAUUCAGUGAACAACUGGAAAUAAUGUUUACCCAACAAUUUUCUACUUCUUUGUCCUAUCAUGAUAUUCAUCGAACUCGAAGAGAUUUAAGAACAGUUUUGUCAAUUCAGAGAAAAUUAAAAAAAUUAUCUGUCGUUAUUCAACGAUCAGAUAAAAGUGGUGUCCUGCAUAUUAGUUACAAAAGUGAUUAUGAUCGAAAAGUAUUGGAAUAUCAAAAGAAAACGAAAGCCUAUAUAGAAUUACCGUCAAAUCCAUUAAUGGAUACAUUUAAUAAAGUCAUACGUUUAUUGAAUAAUCUAACGGCGAAGAAACAGAUUAAAGUAUGGCAAUACAAAAAAAUGAUGCCAGAUCAAAAGAAAGUAAAAUUAGCUUAUCUUUACUUCAUACCAAAACCACACAAAAAAGGCACACCAUUACGACCUAUUGUUUCAUCUAUUCAUGCACCAACGACUGGUAUAUCCAGAAUGUUAGAUCGAUUGAUUCGACCUCUAUUUGAUGAACAUGUUCAACAAACAACAUUUGUUGAUGGUGUUCAAUUUAUUCGUCGUCUGGAAUUUUACGUUCAGUUAGGUCUAUUGAAAUCGACUACACAAUUAUGUACAUGUGAUGUCACUGAUCUCUAUACCAUGUUGCCACAAGAAGAAUCGAUUACUAUCUUGAAACAGUUUCUUCAGCAUUUCCAAUACACACAUGUGCAAGGCAUGACUAUGGAGGCAAUCGAAAAUUUAGCACGGAUUGUUCUGACAGAGAAUGUUUUUAUCUAUGAAGGAAAAUAUUAUCGUCAAAUCAAAGGUGGUGCUAUGGGAUCACCUUUUACUUUAACCAUAGCCAACAUAUUCAUGUGGCAUUGGGAACAGAAAUUAAUGGAACAGCAACGAAAUUCCAAUGAAUUAUAUGGACGGUAG